AUGGUUUCUAUUUUGAUCUACAAUAUAGUGAGGAGGUGUCAAGGGCUAUCAUGUAUAUCCUCCAUAAAAAGAAUCAUGUUGUGCCGCCGUUCUUCGUGUAUCUUGAUCAACCUGUUCAUGAUGACAUCCUCUGGACGCCGUUUGAGGAUCACAUGGAGAUUAUCCCCUUCAACUCCAUCUCAUUAUACUCAGUGUGACUGGCAUGUGAGGCCAACAUUAUGGUCAUGUAUCUUUCAGAGCGAUGCAUCCGAAAAUUUAACUAUGUGCAUACCUUACCCAGAUCUCCCUUUCAGGCUGAUCCCGACACCAUUUUUCGUCGGGAGCUCGAUGGUAUCUUCAAGAAUUGGGAGAAUCAUAUGUUUCCACAUGAGUGCCUGA